UUGGCAGUGAGUUUAUUACGUUCUUUGGAGGUGGUUUUGUGCAAAAGCAGCCUUUUUACGUGCUCAAGUUCUAUUCGGUUGAAAAGCCUGAAAAAGGUCAACGCGUUCGCGAUUGUGUAAGGAAAAUUGUGGAAAACCUGUUUCCCGAGAACAAAACGGUACGUUUUGGUGAUUUUAGCUUCGGAAAGUGAUUGGAAAAGCUGCGUGAAGAAUCGUCAGCAAGUGGGCAGUGGAAAUAGCGCGCUAUUUUCUAGUCUGAGAAGUGAGAUUUUUUUUUUCGGUUGCUUUAUUUUUCUCGUGUUGCCUCCGUAAGCAAAGAAAGAGACACCCCGUGGCAGAGGAGAGUGAGCGAGAAGGCAAUAGCGCGACAUCGAGUGAAAAAUAACGGGAGACGCGCCGCGGCGAAGAGUGAAGAAGAAACUCAACAGGGAGAAAAUCGUGUUGAGUUUUGAACGAGCUUCGAUUCGAUUUACAGGGCUGGUAGCGAGUCACUUUGUAGUGCUCUUGUUUCUGUUCGCUUCGUUCGUUACAUCUACACAUUCCUUCGCAUCGAAAGCGCACUUCGGUCGCAGUAGCCUGCCGAAGCGGUUUUCCAAGAAGAGUUUUUGCAGUGGUCAGAAUCAAUCAGUGGAAGUUGAAUUUCGAUUUGUUUAGUGAACACGAGUGAAUGACAGAAAAUGAAUGAAAACCUAGCGAAGAUCUGCCGAAUAUGUUUGACGGAGGGCUCGAGGCACAUCUUCCAGAAAACCGUCACUAACGACGCGCUGUACAAUGUUUCGUCGUUGAAUCGAAUCUCGGAAAAGCUACGCUACGUAACGCUGCUCAAGAUUGACGAAAUGGAAAAUCUGCCAGCGAUGAUUUGCGAUCUGUGCAUCGUGCAGCUGAACGUAGCGUACAACUUCAAGCGCCAGGCCACGGAAUCCGACACAAAGCUACGACAGUACCUGAUCGAAAACGGCAUCGACAUAAUGAAAGACAUCCGAGCGUUGCCUGCGAUUCGGGCACCAGCAGUUCAAACCGCAGUUCCGGGACGGCUUCUUCCGGCACCCACUCGAACAAACCAACGCAUCAAUUCGACCUCUUCUUCGUCGGUAUUCGAAGUCCCACAAACGACGACAGCUCACACAGGCUUAAACCGUAACGGAGGGUCAUUCGAGCCCCGAUUGGUCCCCAUUCGAAUCAAAGUGGAAACCCCGGAAACGGUAGAGCAGUCCUCGGAGCCAGGGGAUCUCCUUUCAAACUCGACAAUUUCGCCAUUAAGUUCAAUAACUGCGACCAACAAUGGCCCCGUUCCGGUUUCAGAGGCAGAUAAAACCAACAGCAGCACUGAGAACAUAGUGGUCGAAUCGUCACCUAGUUCAAGCAAAAACAGCCGUUCAUCCGAUGGCCGCGACAGUGCAAUGGUGGUCGUCGACAGUCGAAACAUUAGCCUACAAGGCGACGAGGAUUAUGUGCAAAAUAUCUUGGGAUCCAACAGCAGUUUGUCUACCAAUGCGAGCAAAUCUGUAGAAAAGGUCGACACCGAUACUGAAAAGUCGAAACCCAGCGAGCCGAAAAAGGACAAACACACAGAUGAUCAUACGGAGUCUCCACAAGAGAGACGUCUCAAGCAGUUGCUUUCCAGUCUGAGAAUCAACAUGGUCAAAUCCAGAUUUCCACAGUCAAAACUGCGAACCAAGCCUCGGAAGAAGCUCCAGCAGAUCAAGCUCAAACAGCAAACUAAAUCUAACCCGUCGCCAAAACCGACAUCUAAGCCGAUUUCCAAGCCAACUCCCAAACCAGCUCCCAAAUCCACUCCCAAAUCGACCCCCAAACCCAAAACUCCCCCAGCUCCCCCGAUGCCGAAAAUUGUCCGACGACACUCGUUGGAUUUUGCCCAGUUGCUGAACGGGACGCGAGUCAAAAGAGAGCAAACCGCUCGCAAGCAGAAAAGUCCCGACAAGAAAAGCCCUCGUAAACCCGCUGUCAUCAGUCCCAACAAGUUGCGUUCCCUGAGGGACAAAAUGCGAGAGGAACGGGAACGGCAAAAUGGUACCAAGGACGCAGCGAUGCCAACGGCCAAGACGCAUGACAAGGACAAAAUUGCUUCCUGAUUGCGGAUCAAACGGGAACCCUGCUGUUAAGAUGGCGAGAUUCUCCGAUAUGCAGAACAAAUUUCAAUACUUCGAUUUUGGAGAUGCUGUUACGUUACAUAUAAGAUAUAGAAUUAAGGAAAUAUCAAUUGGAUUGUAAAGUAGAUUCCCCGAGUUCUUUAUGUCAAAGAAUUCUUGUAGCAUGUUGACAAGUCGGUGUGCAACAUCAUUUUAAAGUUAGGCUGUACUGUUCUCUAUCUAUUUAUUCGUGCAGUUUAGGCUGCUGAAAGCAACUGGCGAACACAGAUUUGAUAGUUCAAUUAGUGCCUUGGAGCAGAGUUGAUAUUUUAGCGUAGCGAUUAAGCGUAUAGAUGUAGAACAUCUCAACAAUUUACACACAGAUGUUGUUUGCACCAGAAAGUUUUAAUAACACUCACUGUUAACAAUACAUAGAUGCAGAUUAUUUGCUUCACCCUUGAAGAAGAGAUUAUACCACCCACCAACCUGUCGCCCGAUAGAGCGAUGCCCAAGCUAAUGAUAUUUAAUUUAUUCGAUAGGUCGAAUUGUCACUCUAUUCCUCGGUUUAUAUAUUUUUGAACUGUUACUGUAUAUUUUAUACUGCAACAACGCUAUGUACCGUUUUGUACACCAUUAUACCUGAAUUAUUGGAGUUAAUAAAGGUGCGAUCAAAAAUAAAA